GCCUGUCAUCGUUCGGGCUGACAUCACGCAGAGGAUUCGCUACAAUGUCAAACACUCACAGGCAGCGCGAGCUCAUGGCUUCCCCGCGUCACAAUGAGAAGCAUCGCCGCGUCCUGCUGCUCAUCCUCUAAACACAGAACCUCGUUCACUUUUUAUGGAUUUAUUCCAUGUUCGCGGACAGGAUGCGUUUGAGCAGGUCUAUGUGAGUGCGUGAGCCGGGUCAGAGGUCAUGCUGCGGAGGGAAUCUGACUCCCACGGCCUCUUUUCCUCCGGAGAGACGUCUGACAAUGACUGUGAGAUGGGGGCGAGUUGUGGAGAGGUGGAUGUAGUGUGUCUGUGCGAGGCCGGUCCCUGUACACUUUACUCAGAAGCACACACGCCUACGCCGGACACGCUCCUGUGUGAACACUGUGGAAAAAACAGAGUAAUUAUGACCAGGUACUCCGAAGGAUAUGGCACAGAGGAGGAGUGUGUAUUGUCCGACCCUCAGGGGGAGAGCGAUGCAGAUGCUGACAUAGAGGAUACAGAUUGCAGACUCCAGGAGCCAGGUUCUCUCCAGCGAAUCAGCUCGCGGAGACGCAAGCGGCCGCGGGUCGCGCGCCAAGACACCACUGAGAGUGAGGACGACGGCGGGCGGAGCCACAGGUCGCACCGCUGGAACCUCAGGCUCAGUCCUGACAGAGCACACAGCAGGACCAUCCUGGAGGAGAGCAUAUCACAGGUCAGGCCGCUGGUCAUCUGCCGGCCGAACGUCGAGAGGCAGCGAAGUCCGGCCGACGUCCCCCGAGGCUCCGGGCGUCUCCUGUCCCUGUGGCCGUCCUCCCUCUCCCUCCCCGUCGUCCUCCUCCUCUCGCUGCCCCUCUCCCUCUCCCUCGUCAUCCUCAUUGUGUCUUUCUUCCUGCCGUGGACCAGCGCCUGACCCAAGAGGAUAGUUUCAUUCCAAAAUAAAAAUUACAAGGAAGUUCCCCUAAAAACUCCUACAGCGUACCGGAGAGCACAAAACAAAAACACGGCGAAACCGAGAGAUGUUUGAAUUGAACCUCCAUGUUUUAGAGCCAUGUUUGAGUGUACUGAGACACAUUCUGGAAGGAUUUUAAAUGUCUUUUGGGGACAGUCGGCCUUUUGGCUUCGUUAAAACCAGACAGGCGCACGUUCGUACUGCACCUCUCCCUGACCAUUUACAUCCAGAACGUGUACUCAGUGCUCGCUUUUGCCUCAUAAAACCUCACCUUCCAUCUCACUUUCGCACCCCCUCCUCGGUAAAAAUAGACCUCUCGUCUCACUCCUUAUUCUAACGAGCCACAGGGGUGGUACGUGGGGGGAAAGGGUUCAGGGCUGCGCAGGUACACUCAAACGAGAAAAUCACAGGCUAAAUGUACGAAAAUACGGGGAAAAAAAGAUAAUAAUGCUGAACUAUGCAAUUCUUCGGUUCCUACUGCGGCAUCUUAGCUGCUGUUAAAGAACGUUUCAUAUUACUUUGGCACCGUUGUCACCUUCUUGGCCCUUUCCCUUUUCUCUCCGAUGAAUCCACUUUAUGAAUGCAGGGACUUCUAAAAUAGAGCGUGACCUAAUUUAAAAAGCAAUAGCAGGAGAGAUCUGAUACAGCUCCGUGUGUGAGCCACAGUGCAUCUGUUGGUUGGAUGAAAGGAUUACAUGUGUUAUUUUACUUGUUGCCGACUGAUUUCCAAACAGGUGGAUCCUUUUUCCUCUUCCUGGCUGCACUUGUGCUUGUUUUUAGUCAAAUACGCCGACCUCAAGAUAAAAUGAGCUUUCGUGGAACUUAAAGCAAUUUAAACAGACUAAACUCAGUCUUACAGCUGAAACUAUCAUGUUUGAUAAUAUUUAUGUUGUGUUUCUAUUUAUGAAUUAUUACUGAAGAUGAAAAGUGAGCUGGACAAUCAGUCAUGCUACUUAUUCCGAGCUGAAAUAAUUGGAAAAAGCCAUUUUUGCUGUGGCUUUUCUGUAUUGUAUGUUUGAUGUUAUGUUUUCUCUUCUUUUUUUUGUUUUGUUGUUUUUAAAGUUAUGAUUAUUUUAACACCACACCGGAGUUUCUUGUAUCCUUGUAGAGAAAUGUUCAUUUCAAAUUAAGAUCAAGUUGUACUGUAUGAGCUGAUUUGAUUCACGUUUAAUAACUUUUUCUCUUCCAGCCUGUUGUGUUGCCUGUCUUAACUUGUAUUUCCAUGUGUACGUUCACCACUGUGUUUCAUGGGGCCAUAGAAGUUCAAUAA